CCAUAUUUAUCCAACAGGUUCCCUUUUAGCGGUUCCUAUAACCGCUUCAGGCUUUGGCUUUAAGGCUUUGGCAGCAAAUGAAUACAGGGGUUUUAUUAACCCCUUCAAGGCCCAAUUAAAGUUUGUGUUUUCCCCUUCUUUGAAUUAAAAAAUUAAUUAUUGGAAUAAAGUAAAAUUUGCAGAGCAAAAAAAGAGGGAAAAAAUACAAGAGCUCGAAGACGACAAGCGAGAGCGAUUUGAUCCUCCUCCUUCAGUCAUUUUCUCCGGCGGCCGACCUUGAAGCCUUUUGUUGCUGCUCCAUCUAUCACCGACAUCGCUAGUACCGCAAUCUCGUAGUCUUCUUCUGGUAUCUCUCAACUUAAUUUCUAGCCUGGAUUUGGAGAUUUGGAGAUUCUGAGGUUUAAUUUGAUUUGUGGAUUUCUCGACCAGCGGCGAGAUUUGAAUUCUCCGGUUUCCUGAGAUUCGACUAGCGGCGACUUCUCCUCUUGCCAGAGAUUUUUACGACCUUGAACUCCGGCGUGUAAUCGUUUCAGCGACCUUCGACUAGCGGCGACCUUUGACCAACAUCGCAGCUGCAUUCUCUCGAUCAUUCUCUGGUACUUUCUCUAACUUAAUUUCGAGCCUUAUUCAGUUAUGGAUUCUGAUAUUUGAUUGAUGUUGUGGAUUUCUCGAAAUGCAGAGUUGGAAUUAGGGCGAAGUGGAUCAGCCGCGAGAUUCUAUUUUGUUAUCGUUAUCGAUUUAGGGAUUUUGUCGACUUGUGUGAGUCCCCUUCUUCUCUUUCGAUAAUUCUCUGUUGUUAUUAGCAUAUGAGCUUGGCAGUAGCUAGAUGAGUUUGCAAACUACUUCGGUAAUUUAGGGACAUCAAACUCAUCAAACUGCAGCUGCAAACUCUGUCCCUACGGUAGUUUAAUUCAUUGAUAUCCACAGUAACAUCAAACUGCAACAGCAAAAUUGGAGGACCAACUGUACCUAUCCAUAUAUCCUGAUCUGCAUUUUCUUAAGUGUUGUUAAGGUGCUACUCUCGUUGUUGUCAACAUCCCUGGACCUGAUCCCAUCUAUUUGCUGCCACAAUGUGUUGAAGAGCUGUCUUCUGCUAUUGGUAGUUUGGAAUCUUGACAUACAAUAGAUGUCUUGGUUCUUCUUGUCAACAAAUUAACAAAGCCUAUGCUGCAAAUUUUAGUUGAUUGAUCCAAUGUUUUUGAACCAGCUACUCGUUUGUGUUGUAAACUCCAAUAAUUAAAAUAUGAAUUGGGUGUAUUGUUCCCCUCAGUAGUUAUAUCAAUCAAGAGAGGAUUUCUAUCUGUUUGGGUUUUAGUUCUUAUAUUGAGUAUUCGUUUUUCUGAUGCCAUAAAAAUAUCCUUUCAUAUCACUCGAGUGCGAUAUAUCAACAUAUAAAUAUGGUAUGAUUUGAACAGAAUAAGAAAACUAGGACAAACAAGCUGUAGGCUGUAGUGUAGAUAUGUAGCAAAAGUUAUGAACUCAAAGCAAUGUCACCUGGUUUUAACUAGGAAUUCGGUUCAAAUUUUGUAGUAGGACUGAUUCUAUAGAAUGAAACUCUUGUUGCCUCUCUCGAUUUUAGCUUUUGUUUAAGAUUUAUGAAAUGAUCAUUUGAAAUGGGCAGGUGUUUGGGACUGAACUUUGCCAAGGUGAUCGACUUCUUGCGUCGUCAACUUCAUAGAGAUACAGUGGUACCUUUCUUUACUGGUGUUCUUUGUAAUGUAGUGUAUUCAGUUUAUUAUCGAUUUACUGAUAGGUUUCUCGACUUCUCUAUUUGAAAUGCAGCUGUGUGCUUUAAAUUUUUGGACACGUUAUUUGCUAAUCAUCGUUGCUUGAAUUACAAGGUAAGCUGGGUUUUCUUUAAAUGUUUGUCUAAGUGAUGAUAUGUGUUGUUCCUAGCUAUGUCAGUGCUUGCUUGUGUCCCAUCAAUUGCUGCCUGCUAUUUUUUACUAUGAAACAAAUCCCUCCCCCUUGAGGGCCAAUUAACACUAAAGAACCCACCAACUUAUAAGCUACAUCACUAAAACUCACCUACUGUUUAGUCUCUCACUCUCUCUCUGUACUAAAUCAAACCCAAGAUCAAAAUUGGAGUUGUUGAUAAACUUGGUGGGUCAUGCUCCUUUGAAUUAAUUAACAAAGUAAAAAAAAAAGAACACCAUUCUUAUGAUAUUCAUUCUCGUGGUUUUCCGUUUUAUGAACAAAUUUUGUACCAUCCAAUGGACAAGAGUUGGAUGAACAAUUCUAGGGUUAGUCGUGAAUACAAGGAAGGGGUAGAAUUCUUCCUUGAUUUUGCAUUCCAAAAUGCAUCUUCAGAAGGGAAAAUCAUGUGUCCAUGCAUCUGUUGUGCAUACGUUAAUUUUCAAACGCGUGAGAAUGCUCGAGUUCACCUCAUUUGCGAUGGAUUUUUACGUGGAUAUUCAUAUUGGAUUUUUCAUGGAGAGGCAUCUAGAACUAGCAUCCCUGCCUUUUCUACUUCACAACCUUAUCCUUCAUCUUCGAAUAAUGGACAAGAUCCUGCCCCUAGUCAAUCGAGUCCUUGAAUUGGGGCAGACUUGAUUGGACUAAUUAGAGAUGCCUUCAUUGCCGAAGGCCAAGUAAACAAUGAUCAUUAUGCCCAUGGAGAUUCGACCCAUGAAGAUGGGGGAAAUCUAGGGGAGAACCUUGUUUGAUUUAACAAACUUAAAUGUGACAUUAACAAAUGGUGGUACUUUAUCCUUAUGUUUCUUAGACUAAGGAAACUGGAAAAGAACCUGAUAGGCUGGAAACAUUUGAAGAUACUCAUACAAGAAAGAACGGGACCUAUGUGAAUGGGUAUACUGCAACCCUAAUUGUAAGAAUUUCUUAUUAUUUUACUUGAUUGAGACCCUACUAAAUUUGGUUUGCUUAGAUUUGUAAACCUUCUUUGCUUUUCUGCUAUGUUGUGCAAGAUGUGUAAACUUCCAUUGCUCUUAUGAUUGUUGUCUUUACUGUACUGGAUAUGAUGAAUAGCACUAUGAACAAUAUAAUUAGAUCGAAAUAGAAAUGAAAAAACUGCUUAUUAGAUGUUAUAUAUUUCUUUUGUUUUUUAUGGCUGUGUAGGAGAACGCGUAUACUCUUCGACAAUAAGGUUUGUUUGAUAAUGAACAAAUCUUUCAGAAGGUGCAUGGGCCAGAGCAUCCUCGGAGGGUUCGUUAUACUGGUUUGGGACCAACGCCAUCGACUUAUUUGGGGCCUUCUUCUUCUUCAGCUUCAAUAAAUUCUACCACAACAUCAAACUCUAAUGAGGUAGACGCUCUAAGAAGUGAAGUGAUAGAACUGAGAUAUGAACUGGUGGAAACAGAAAGUGAGGUAGUUGAAUUGAGAAAUGGGAUGGAUCAGCUGCAAAUGGAAGUAGACACACUGAAGACACUGUUCUUGCAACAUCUUCAUAGGGAGAAGGGGUCGAUGGAGGGUUCAAUUCGUGCACCAUAUUCAUCAACCCAAAGUGCUACACGGGGUUGACAAAAGGUAAGUAAAAAAAUAAAGUACCUGCUGCCUUGCUGAUUAUGACUGUUUGUUUGCAAACUCUGUUCUUUUACACUCUGGAAUUUUUGCAAGCUCGUAAGUUUUUGGAUACUUUCUGCCCUUGAGAAUGUGAUAGUAUUCCUAUUCCCUUUGACAUUCCAUUCCAAUUUAGUACAAUUCUCAGUUUAGCAGGUUAGAUUAUACAUAUAUAAGUAAUGGCAAUGGCCUACAGGUGCUAUUAUGUAUUUGUUCAGUGCUGAAGGGUUAAACCCUUCAAUGCAUAUAUAUAUAUAUAUAUAUAUAUAUAUAUAUAUAUAUAUAUAUAUAUAUAUGGGGAGUUCUACGGUACUCAGGGUGAAAUCCGGGGUACCGCAUACCUUGAGUACGAAAACACUAUCCAAAACUUGAAUUGACUGAUCUUUCGGACAUGAUACUAUACUUUAACCCUUAAAGAUCAAAAUCUAGGCCUUAAUUCUCUAAAUCUUAUACCCCAAGAUCAAUUUAAUUAGAAACAAUAAUCGACGGUUAUGAUUCGUCCAAAUAUAGGCACAAAAAUCAAUGCACCAUCUUAGAAUUUAUAGUUUAUGAUUUGGAUAAUUAGGACCUAGGGUUCACUUAUUAAGGGUUAGGGUAUAGUAUCAUGCCCAAAAAUCCUACUAAUUCGAGGUCUAGAUAGCGUUUUCGUACUCAAUGUAUGCGGUAACCCGGAUUUCACCAUGGGUACCGUAGAAGGCACCAUAUAUAUAUAUGGGGAGUUCUACAGUACCCAGAGUGAAAUCCGGGGUACCACAUACCUUGAGUAAGAAAACGCUAUCAAGAAC